AUGAGCCUGAGAUCACCCCACCGGUCUCUAAUGGGGUUUCCUGGUCGAUUUCUUUUAUCAGGAGUGGUCUGUCGACAAAUUACCCGCCGCACAGCUAUCCAUGCACCAUCCCUGCAACGCCCUUUACUCGGGAGAGCGUGGAGGACGGGAAUCCAUGCCCAGUCACGAGUAGACGCGAUAGCUCUUCCUCAGCGAGCUCGAGGUAUUCAUCUGGCCUGUAAUACGGAAGAGGAGCAGAAAUAUCGAGAGCUACGACUGGGAGCUGAGUUCCGGGAUGUUGAGAGUGCCUUUCAGACCUUGUUGGUUUUCGUGAAAUCUCCUGAGAUUGCUGGUCAACUUCGACACUUGGAAGUUCAUGGGAGUUCGGAUGUGCAUUUUGAUCGUGAUCGCGCUCCUGACUUUAGUAUCCUACCUCAGGAGCCGAGACAGCUAGAUAUCGAUGAUCUGGAAAGUCUGAAGAUGGCUAUCGAGAAAGCUGGGUUUAUGGAGGGUAACGAGGCGCAAAUGGUGUUGCAUAUAUUGCUGCAAAAUCCCGACGGUCGAUAUACGUACGUGAUUCCCCAUUUGCCUUUUGUUUCUUUGGCUGGUCAGUCAGUCAUUUAUCUGAUAAGAUCUACCAGAUAUUCUGAUAACCGCUUUGCCGGCAUGGCAUUUAAGCAAGCCGUCGCAGCGCUCUUGAUUACUACCGCACCGAACCUGGAGUCCCUUUCAGUCUGCCCUAUUGGAGAAUAUCAUCGCUAUAUCAAAGGGUAUUCUUUACUGUCACUAUUCCGUCGUGCAAACACGGCCCGAGGCACACUUCCGUAUCUCCAGAACCUCAAAAAGAUCCUUUUCCUUCCCGCCCAAGGGUCAAUGGGUAAUAAUGGCUUCCAUUAUAAUACCUGCGAGAAUUACCACGAGCGACUGAAUCUUGUUCGACGACUGCCGGUUUUGGAAUCCGUUUCCUUCGUGAUCGCUGAAUGGAAUAAUGAGGCCGGGAACCCUCCGCCGCCAAAUUCGGCGAAUUAUAGCGAUAUUCGCGUUACACGUUCGAAUCUCGGGGAGAGUGAUUUCUGUUUUAUGAUUGACUCUUCUAAAGCGCUGCGCAAGUUUACAUGGACUAUCGGUGGGCGUGCUGGUUCUGAAGGGCUGGCUAUUACCGAGCUUUCACCACUGGUGAGAUCUCUCUGGAAACACCGGUAUACGUUAGAGGAACUUGAUAUUGAUAUUGAGGAUAAUAUGUCUGCUCGAGAGAUUUAUGGAAUGUAUGGUGUGAAGCGUCAUGAGGAGUUAUACGAGGACGAGGACUUGGUGUAUGAUGAAGCGUGGGAAGGCGAGAUGGCCGAACUCGAUACGAGUCUUGAAACGGUGCCGGUGGAUAUUUGUCUGAUGGAUUUCCCUAAAUUGAAACGCCUGGGGUUGGGAGUUCAUUCGCUUUGCUUUCUGGCACGGGGGAUAGGGCCGAAUAGACUCGGUGCGGAAUCGCUCUCUCUUGUGGAUCGUUUGCCGGGCUCGCUAGAAAGUCUUAGGCUCUAUGGGAAGGGAGAAGAGAGUAACCCAGUGCUUAACUUUGGACAUCAGUCGGAUUUGGACGUCGAUGCUCUAUUGGAGACGCUGGUAGCUGAGAAAGAUGAGAAACUGCCAGCGUUGAAAACGAUAGAAGGAUUCGACCCGGUUAUUCCACGGGCAAAGGAAGUUCCUGAUUAUGCCUAUCCAGAUGAUGAUCAUCCACUUAUUUGGAAGCAGCCUGAGCAUUGGCUAGGUUAA